UUUAUCAAUGCUCCUCAAAUAAUAAAAAAGAGAUAACUUUAUAAGAAUUAUUUGUAUCAGUUUAGUAUAUCAAAAUUUGAGAAUCUGCUACUUUCCUUUUUUUUUCUCUGGAUAAUCUAAUCUUGCUUAUAGUCAUAGCUAAGAUUGGUGAUUCAUUAGAUUUAUAUUUAGGGUUUGGUUAUCUGACACUUGUUUCUGUCUAAACUGCUAAUUUACUAUUUAUAUAAAAACAAUAUUUUUUAAAGGGAAAUCGGCCAAAAAAACACUGAACUUUGCGGGAAUUGCCAAAAGAAAUCUGGACAUAUGGGCUAGCCAAUAAAAUUCUGAACUUUUGUUGACUUUUCGGGUUUAUUAAGAAACUUACGAUUGACUGACAGAUAAACACACCGUUAACCGAGUUAACUGUUAAUUAAGCGGACGUUAAUUUUGGGUGUUAAAGUAUACGACGUCGUUUCAUCACUUUGUCUGAUUAAAGACAAACGACGUCGUUUAUAUAGCUGUGUUAUUAAAAAUAUGUGUUUCCAACGGCUCGAACUCGUGUACUCGGGUUUAAUGGUAGGGGUUUUUGCCACUGAGCUAGUGGACUUUGCAAUAGAUUUACGAACACAAUUUCUUUUAUUCUUCGAAUCCGAGUUAAAGACAAAUUAAUGAAACGACGCGUUUUACAUUAACUUUUUUAUUAAAAAGAUGGGGUUCCAUCGACUCGAACUCGUGCACUCGGGUUUAAUGGUAGGGGUUUUUGCCACUGAGCUAGUGGACUUUGCAAUGGAUAUACGAACACAGUUUCUUUUAUUCUCUUUGAAUCCGAGUUAAAUGAAUCUAAAAGAAACGACAGCGUUUUCUCCUCCGAUUGGUAUAAACCCUAAAUGGGCGAAAUCAUAAAUCCAGUUCGCGAUUCAAGCUCGAUUCUCUUCGAUCUCGUCCUUAAGAAUCUCGAUUCUCAUCUCUCCUUCUUCGAGUAUCGCAUGAUGAGUUCGGGUUGUGAGGAUUCGUCUGUGAAUACGAUAAGAAUUCGUGGUAUCCCGGAGCAAUGCGGCUGUGGUCGAAGAACUGGGAUAUACACAUCAAAAACGAAGGUCAAUCCAAGAAGAACUUUCUUUAGAUGCCCAACGUUUCAAAAUGAUCACUUGUAUAAAUGGGUAGAUGAAGCUGUCUACGAAGAGGUUCAAGAUGCAUUGCCAAAAGUUGAGUGCUUUGCAUCAGAUGUUAUGAAAAUUAAAAUGGAGAUCGAAAGCAUGAAAACCGUGGAGGAAGAGUUGAAAGAAGAUGUCAGGAAGGCGAGCAAUGAACUUAAGAAGUUGAAUGUGAUCAUGAAAGUGGGUUUUUCGGUGGUUUGUUUAGGCGUUGUGAUAUGUCUUGUGUUGAUCAUGUUUGACAAAGCAGAUGGGUUGUCUAUGAAUAGCUACUAG